CGCUGCCGCCCGCGCGCUCCAGGCUGUCCCCGCGGCAGGGCGCGCCGCUGCAAGAUGUCCGUGCGCCGCGGCCAGCGGCCCGCGAGGCCGGUCACCCGCCUCUCCUGGCUGCUGUGCUGCAGCGCCCUGCUGUCCCCGGCCGCGGGCUACGUGAUCGUGAGCUCGGUGUCUUGGGCCGUCACCAACGAAGUGGACGAGGAGCUGGACAGCGCCUCCACCGAGGAGGCGCUGCCCGCGCUGCUGGAGGACUCGGGCAGCAUCUGGCAGCGCAGCUUCCCGGCCUCGGCUCACAAGGAGGACGCGCACCUGCCGCCCCCGGCCGGCGCCGCCCGCUCCAGGCCGCCCCCCGCGCCGCCCGGGAUGUUCUCCUACCGGCGGGAGAGCGGCCCGAGAGUGCGCCCCAGCACCGCCCGCUUCCUGGCCCACGCCAGCGCCUGGGGCUGUCUGGCCACCGUGUCCGCCCACGAGAAGAUCCCAGGACUGCCAUUUGGAAACUGCCUGCCCAUCAGCGACGGCCCCUUGAACAACAGCACUGGGAUUCCUUUCUUCUAUGUGACACCCAAGGACCCUGCAGUGGCCGAUCUGAUGAAGAACCCCAUGGCCUCCCUCCUGCUGCCAGAAUCUGAAGGAGAGUUCUGCAGAAAAAAUAUCGUCGACCCGGAAGACCCCCGAUGUGCCCGGUUGACGCUCACUGGCCAGAUGACUGCAGUGUCUCCAGAAGAAGUAGAAUUUGCCAAGCAAGCCAUGUUUUCAAGACACCCAGUUCUGAGGAAGUGGCCUCGUCAGUAUGAGUGGUUCUUUAUGAAGAUGAAGAUAGAACAUAUCUGGCUUCAGAAAUGGUAUGGUGGAGUAUCCGACAUUUCAAGGGAGGAAUACUUCAAGGCAGUUCCAAGAAAGGCCUGAUGCAGUAAGAGGAAAGCGCUCGGUGUUUGCGUGAAAUGAAAAUCUUUUAAGUGCUGCUGCCGACGGCGACUGACUGCUGACUCUUCGUGGCCAGGGUUCGCAGCAGCCCUCUCAUCCUCACAGCAGAACGAGAGAGGGUGGCCAGGGAACCCUGUGCCAGACUGGAUAUUAAAGUGGUCAUUUGCAAACUCCCAAUCCACACAGGUACUCACAUAUAUAGCCUUUGUUCAUAUCGUAUUCACACCCGUCUCACCGACUUGAGAAACAUUGUUGGUUGUCAAAGUGACACGUUGAGACAGUUGCCGUUCCAUUCCUUAGGACAAAAAAAAAAAAAAAAAGGUAUGUGCAAUGUGAUUGCACUGUAUUGUGAGAGUGUUUUUGUUGCUUGCUGUGCCCAAAGCAGUCUUGAUUCGAAACUCACUGCAACCAUGAAGGAACUAAGUGCAUCACACGGUCAGUCUUGAGUUUGGGGUGAGCAUGCAGGACUGUUUGUCUCCGGAUUAUCCAUCGCCAUGUACUGAACUGCAGGUGCACUAUGAAGUCACAUUUGCUAGAAUGUAUCAGUUACUUAUGAAGCUUUGGUCGCGCUGUAACAUGAUAAUGGCAUGAGAACAGAGUCUUGUGCGCAGCCCUAUCUGUGUAAACAGGCCAUGGGAAUAUACUAAUGAGGUGGGACAGCCUCAGCAACAAGCUCUCCAGACCCCCACUGCUAGUGCUUCUGACAGAGGGUUCCCUUCUCUCAGGCAUGAGGUGUGGCAACCAAAAUAAGAAGCGUCUCAUUCUGUGGUAUGUGGAGAGGAGAGGGGAGAGGCUGAAGAGGGGAAGGAAACAGGACAAAGUGUAAGAAGAGGAAGCAAAGAAGUCAGUAAUUGAAGGCACACUCCCUGCCCAGCUUUAGACCAGGCCCUUGGCAAGAUCAUCUCAUUUAAGCCUUAUAACCAGUGAGAGUCACAUCAUCAUUACUACUUACAGAUGAGAAAACUGAGGCUCAGAGAGGCUAGGUCCAUGCCCCAAGACCUGACUCCAGAACUCACUGCGCACAAUGGAUAGAGUGGUACUUAGAUCGUUUCCAAUCUUGAGAAAAAGACAAGAGAGUUACUGAAAUGCACAGGUGCUCAUUGAAUCGGCAAAAUCAGUAUAGUGAUGACUAGCCUGCCUGUGAUGAUUUGUCACUGUUAACUACCAAAACAAACAAAAAUUCGUCUCUGAAAUUUGGUUGUUACUACAGAUUUAAAAUGUUUCUACAAAUUAUGUGCAGGAGCUCCUGGUUUUUCAAGAAACUACAUUGUACCUGAGUACACAUCUAAGGCCUCUAAGGACCUAUGUGUAUAUAUCCAAGACCUCUUAUAUUGAAGUCUAUAAAGCAUCAAGCAGUACCCCAUUUUCUGUCUUUUCAUAAUGGCCAUAAACCCUCUCUGGUGGGUUAGGUACAUCGUAUAACAUAAAAACGCAACACUAUAUAUAGGAAAUAUACAUUUUUAAAAUAAGUAAAAAUGUUAUUAAUGAUCAUAUUUUUGUUUAAAAAAUUAAGACAUGAACAGAGUUUGAGACGUCAAAAUAUUUUUAAGUGCCUUUUACUAAAAGCAUAGUAAGAUGCACAGAAGUCUUUAUUUGUCAAAAGUCAAUUCUCAGAAGAGUUCCUAGCAAUUUCUAAUAUAUAAGAAUAAGGUAAUUUUGAUGGUAUUUCAUACUUCUGAGUUUAAAAUUACUGCUAUCACCAAUUUAGAGGUAAGAGGGGACAACUGGAAGGACAUACCACAUACUCCAUAAGUCAACCUCACACCUUAAUUCUUUGAGCAUCACUACCUCCUGGUUCUGUCUUAUGAAUAAUAUUCCUAUGCUAAGUUUGCUUUUAUAAGCAGUUUCCACUUAGCUCAUUAAAGGCCUCUCUGUUGCUUCAAGGGACUUUGUAGUGUGGGUGCCAUUUAUAACCACUGAUGAAUGUUAUCAGUUAUUUAUCCAAAUUAUAGGAAAUGAACUCUAGACAGGUUGGAUGAUAAGAAAAGUGUUGAAAAUGCACUUGUUUGAGAAUGAUGGGCCUCAUUCAGGCCAGUGAAUUUUAGCAAAUCUCCAGACAUUUACACUGAUAAAAAUGUUUAAGGCUGUACCAGAAGUUCUACACAUGGCAAUAAAGCAAGAAAAAGAAAUUAAAUGCAUAUGAUUGGAAAGAAAGAAAUAAAAAUAUCUCUGUUUACAUAUGACAUGAUAGAAAAUUCCAAAGAAUCUGUUAAAAAGAAAAGAAAAGAAAGAACUCGUGGGUUCAGCAAGAUUUCAGGAUAUGAGAUCAGCACACAAAAUAUAAUCAUAUUUCUAAAUAUUAAAGAUGAACAAAGUGGAAACAAAAAUUAAAAGCAUAAUAUCAUUUAUAAUCACUCUGAAGAAAAUAAAUACUUAGGUAUAAAUUUAUCAAAACAUGUAUAAGAUCUAAAUGCUGAAAAUUAAAAGAUACUAAUGAAAGAAAUCAAAGAUCUAAAUAAAUGAAGAGAUAUACCAUGUUCAUGGAUUGGGAGACACAAAAUAGCAAGGAUGUCAGUUCUCCCCAUAUUUUUCUAUAGAUUUAAUCCAAUUUCUAUCAAAAUCUCAGCAAAGUUUGUAGACAUAUUCAAGUUUAUUCUAAGAGUUCCAAGACAUAGGCCUUGGAAUAACUAAAACAAUCUUGUAAAAGAAAAAUAAGUAGGAGAAAUCACUCUAUUCAAUAUAAAAACUUAUUAUGUAGCUAUAGUAAUCAAGAUAGUAUGGUAUUUAUUGAUGGAGGCACAGACACAUACAUCAAUAGAACAGGAUAGAAAAUCUAGAAAUAGAUCCACACAAAUAUACUCAGUUGGGUAUACUCCCUCUUCAAUGGAGGGAGAAUAGUCUUUUCAGUAAAUGUGUUAGAGCAAUGGGAUAUCCACAGGCAAAUAACCUCAACCUACCUGUCACACCUUGUAUAAAAAUUAACUCAAAAUGGAUCAUAAUUCUAAACAUAAAAUGUAAAACUAUAAAAUUUUUUUUUUAAAUAGAAAAUCAUAGGGACCUAGGGUUAAGCAAAGAGUAUUUUCACACCAAAAAGCAUAAUCCAUAAAGGAAAGUUGGAUAAAUUGCCCUACAUCAAAAUUUUAAACUUUUGCUCUGAAAAAGACCAUGUUAAGGGAAUGAAAAGACAGGCUACAUACAGACUGAGAGAAAAAUAUUUGCAAGUCCAUUUCCAACAAAGGACUGGUAUCUAGAAUAUAUGGAGAACUCACAAAAACUCAACAGUGUUUUUUAAAAAUCCAAUUAAAAAAUGGAGAACAUAUACAGACUUUUCACUGAAGAAGAUGUACAAAUGGCAAAUAAGCCCAUGAAAAGAUACUCAAUAUCGCUAAUCAUUAGGGAACUGCAAAUUAAAACCACAAUGAGAUACCACUAAGCACCCAUCAAAAUUGCUAAAAAUGUAACAACACCAAAUAAUAGUAAGGAUGCAAAGAAACUGGAUCAGUCUUAUAUAGCUGAGGGGAAUGAAAAUGGAACAGCCACUCUGAAAAACCAUUUGGCAGUUUCUUAUAAAACUAAACAUGCAGCUGCCACACCACUCAGCAAUUGCACUGUUGGGCAUUUGUCCCAGAGAGGUGAAAACGUAUGUUCACACAAAAACUUGUACGUGAAUAUACAUAGCAGCUUUAUUCAUAAUAUUCAAAAACUGUAAACAACCAGAUGUCCUUUAAUGGGUGGCUGGUGAAACAUAUGAUACAUCCGUGCCAUGGAAUACUACUCAGCAAUAAAAAUAAUUUCUCAUACAAGCAACAGCUUGGAUGAAUCUCCAGAGUAUUAUGCUGAGUGAAAAAGUCAAUCCCACAAGGUUACAUACUGUAGAAUUCCAUGUAUACAACAUUUUGAAAUGCAAAAUUCUAGAAAUAGAGAACAGAUUAGAGUUUGCUAGGGAGGAGGGUGGAGAAGGAGAGAGGUGGGUAACACACAGGAUCCUUGGGAUGGAACAUUCUAUAUCUUGACUAUACCAGUAUGAAAAUCCUGGUUGUGAUAUGGUAUAGUUUUGCAAGAUAUUACCAUUGGGAGAAGCUGGGUAAAAGGCAGACAGGAUCUCUUCGUAUUAUUUCUUACAACUGCAUGUGAAUCUACAAUUUCUGCAAUUAUCUCAGAGUAAAAAGUCUAAUACAAAUAAAAUUGAUGGCUUAGCUUACUUAAUAAGGCAUUUAUGCUACAUCUUGUUAGUCCCCAAUGAAAUGAAGAACUGAGCCAUGUGCCAAAAUCUAACAGAACAGACAACAUUAGUUUACUUUUGUCAACCAUCAACCUAUGCAUUUGUGAAAGUGAUAGAAGAUUUAAGUUUUCUAAAUGUAUUCAAUUUAACACUGAAUACAAAUUAAUAAGAAUUCAACAAAUCUCUGUAUUGGUUUUACAUGGGACACUUAGAAGGGGACAAUAUCUUCAAGUUUCUGACAUAAGCAUGUUGAGUAAGCUAUAGGUGCAUAUAGGAAUCCAAGUCUCCACAUACUGAUUCUCCACUGAUAUUUAUAACAAAGAACUAUAUUUCCAUGAAUCUUCCUGAAAUAUUCUUAAAUAUUCUGGGAAAGUAUUCUUCUUCUGUUUCUGUGAAUAGCUAUCCUGAUCCCGUUUAUUUACAGUGAUUGUACAAAUCUAUGAUGGUGACACAGAGAGUAUAAUUCUGAUGUUACUUGCUUCAGUAUACCUUGUAUAUGUUGAUUAAUUAUAAAAGAGUUAUUCUUUGGUUGAAAUGUAUUUCUACAAUUUUUCCAGAAAAUCUGUAUUUCAUUUUCAAUAAUUUAGCCAUCAAAUUCUGUUCUGAAAAUAAAACUUCUCUGGAAUAAUUUAUUGAUGCAUAUUUGAUUGCUAUAACAGCAAUUAUAAAACUUGAAUUAUAACAAAGCUAUGGUUUGUCUAUGUUAUGUGAUGCAUGUGGAGUGUGAAAUCUAUUUUCAACACUAGAUAUGUCUAUUUAACCAAAGACUAUUUCAUUCUUGACAUGAUUCUCGUGCUCAAUUAAAUAAAAUUAUGAUAUUUAUGUACAGUCCUUUCAUAUAAUAUUGCAA